UCAUCCGAAGGGGCGGGCCCUCAGGCGGCAGUGCUGGUGCCGCGUCGCGUCAGUCUGGUGCGACCUCUGCUCGGCGGGAGGGUCGUCCUGUUGGCGCCCGAGUCACAGCCAUGGCGGCCUCGCUUCUGCUACGGCAAGGACGAGCCGGGGCGCUGAAGACUGUGCUUCUGGAAGCAGGCGUGUUUCGAGGACUUGCUCCUGCAGUUUCUCUCUCUGCAGAAUCAGGAAAGAAUGAAAAGGGAUUACCACCGAACCCCAAGAAGCAGAGCCCACCAAAGAAUGUAGUGGAACCAAAGGAGAGGGGCCAGCAGCUCGCCCCCCCAACAGCAGAUGCGGUAUCCAAACCCUUAUCUGCACCCACUUCCUCCCCAUCAGUUGUGAGCCAAAGCAGGACGCUAGCAAGCCCUAACCUCGAUGCCAGUGUGCUGCACACAGACCAAGGGCUUCCGAAGCUUUUGUCAAGAAAGACUUUGGUAGAGUUUCCUCAGAAAGUCGUGUCUCCAUUCAGAAAACAGGGUCCAGAUUCAGAAGCAGCCCCGUGGGGCAGGAGAGGGACGGAUGAUUCGUCUUCAUCUUCAUCCAGCUCCUCGGAUUCAGAGUCUGACGAGGAGGGCGCCCGCUCAGGAGCAGGUCCUCAGGUGAAGAGCAAACGCAGGGGAGGGUCUCCCGUAGCAGAGGCCUCACGUUCCUCUGCAGAUAGGGCCCCCAAAACUGAGAUAUCGGCCACAGAGAAGACAGUGGCACAGCAGCCACAGCUGGACCUCACCCCUGCAGAGAGGCCCCGCCAGGUAAAGAAAAGAGGGGCCUCCGGUCAGCCCCUGGAGGACAGAAAGGACCCCAAACCCAGAACCGCAGCGCCCAAGUCACACGCCGCUGAGGAGUCUAUGAAGCAAAAUGUAAAGGAGAAGCAAUCGCAGAAGAUAUCUAGAUCAAACAAAAUAGACAAAGAAAGCCAAAAGCCACUUGAAGUUAAAAAAGUCUUGUCUGACCGAACAACGUGGGGAUUGUCCACACAUCCCGAUGGCAGCCCGGCGCCCACCCCAUCAACAGGAGCCAGAGCCGGGGGGCAGCCGCCAGCCCCUCCUGAGGCCAGAGGGAGCCUUUUGGAGAAACAAGUGCCAGAAGCAGAUGGGGAGCUGGCUCUUCCCCUGUUCAAAACAGAAAAAGUGGAAAAGCAGGCAGCAGAAGGAAUCUUAAAGGCUGAGGAAGAGAUUUUGGAAGAUCAGCUACCCAUGCAAAAUUUGAAGCCAGCCCCUGUUCAGAAUAAAGAUGUUCUGGAUGAAAAGCCUGCAGUCCUGAAGCUUGAGGAGAAGGGCGGGAUCAUGGAGGACUCUGCCGCUCAAGUGGAAGGCCAGGACCACACACAGGAGCCUGCAUCAGCCACUCCCACCGAGCCGUUUGACAACACCACCUACAAGAACCUCCAGCAUCAUGACUACAGCACAUACACCUUCUUAGACCUAAACCUGGACCUCUCCAAGUUCAGGAUGCCCCAACCCUCUUCAGGACGGGAGUCCCCCCGCCACUGAGAGCCCAGUUUAAAGAUUACCCUUUCUGUGUCUGUCUGCAUUCUUGCCUGCAAUCCUCUAGACAGUCACGAGACCCGGCGUGUAGAAUCCUGGCGAGUAGUGAAUUAGCAGCACUCCUCUGAUGGUUCAGUCUCCAUGUGUUAGAGACACCUGGUGCGGGGAUUUCUCUCUCAUUAUAAAGUACGGCUCAGUGGACAGAUCCACACAAUUAGAGAGUCAGAGGUGUCUUCCCUCUGUGUGAUUCCACUGUGCUGAGCCCCGGUCAGCUUGAUGUUCUCUGGCUCACCAGUGUGGAGUCGAUGAGUGUAGCGGGGCAUUCUGAUAAGACCUAGUUCCUGAUGAAUCAGAUAUAGGAGUUGUAUACAUUUUAAGUAACUACUGCACUGCAGAGAAAUUAUAAUAAAUUAUGGCAUUUUAGAUCAGAA